UCCGAGAUAUCGGGUUUCAAACAGGGCGUUUUUCGCAUUUUUUAAAAAAAAGGCGUGUUGCUCUGGGAACUGGGACUCAGGAACCUAAUUUGCAAGCACGCCGUCUUUCCUAAUAAAAACAUAUAUUUUCGCUGGUGGUAUCCUUUGCGUUUUUCAAAAUAAUGCCGGAACGGUGUGUUGUCUACGGUUGUAACAACACAGCUAAUUCGGAGAAAGGUAUAUCUUUAUACCGUAUACCUUAUUGGGACGAUAGCAGGCAAAUUGCGAGAGCCAGAAGAAAGAAAUGGGAGGACUUUAUUCGGCGGAAAAGAGACAAAUGGCUGCCAAGUGCUAGCUCAGUUGUGUGCUCUAAACACUUCGCGGAAGAGUGUUUUGAUUACGGUUCGAGCACUGUAGAGAAGUACAAGACCCCGAAGCUUAAGCGUGAUAAAAUUGGAGUAACUGCUGUGCCUUCUCUGCUGCCUGAAGCGACAUCUUUUGAUAGUGAACGCACCAUGCGCUUACAACGCCGAGGGAAGAGAGUACUUGAGGGACCCCCAACUGUGGAAGAUCCUCAGCCUUCUACGUCAACAAACCGGUAAAUACGUAGGCUUAGCAACGAGGUCGCUGAU